CCGAGGAUACAAACCAGAGACAAGCAGAGCCACCAGUCAAAACAGAGAGGAAAGACAACACUGAAGGAGAAACACUGCUGAUCGUCAGCGGAGAAGCUUUUUCAUCCUUUUUGUCUAACGGAGCACUUGUUCGCUGCAAGGCUCUUAGUGUAUUUGAUUUUUUUUGUUCCAUUUUGAAACAACCUACAGCAGAUCUCAUCAUGAGGUGCUGUGCUUUAGCUGUGUGUUUAUUUUUGAGUGUAAGCAUACAGGAGGGAUGGAGCCUUCCCCUCAAGUCUGUCUUUGUCACCUUCCCAGGAGACAUCAUCAAAAACAUGACUGAUAUGGAGCUGGCAGAAGGUUAUCUGAAGAAGUUUGGCUACAUUGACACGCAACAACGCAGUGGCUUCCAGUCUAUGGUGUCUACCUCCAAGGCUUUGAAGAGGAUGCAGAGGCAGAUGGGGCUGGAGGAGACUGGAGAGCUGGAUAAGUCCACCCUGGACGCCAUGAAGCAACCUCGGUGCGGGGUUCCUGAUGUGGCUAACUACCAAACGUUUGAAGGAGACCUCAAAUGGGACCAUCGAGAUGUUACUUACAGGAUUCUGAGCUAUACUCCAGAUAUGGAGAGCUCUCUGAUUGAUGACGCCUUUGCCAGAGCCUUCAAGGUGUGGAGUGAUGUGGCCCCUCUGACUUUUACCCGCCUCUCUGAUGGGACGGCUGACAUCAUGAUUUCAUUUGGAAGACUCAAUCACGGAGACCCAUACCCAUUCGAUGGUAAGGAUGGUCUUCUGGCCCAUGCUUAUCCCCCUGGUGAGGGUCUGCAGGGUGAUGCACACUUUGACGAGGAUGAGUACUGGACCCUGGGAACAGGACCAGCUGUGAAGACUCGCUAUGGGAAUGCUGAUGGUGCCAUGUGCCACUUCCCAUUCACUUUCGAGGGCAAAUCCUACAGCAGCUGUACCACUGAGGGACGUUCGGACAACCUGCCAUGGUGUGCCACCACAGCUGACUACAGCAGGGACAAGGAAUUCGGCUUUUGCCCAAGCGAACUUCUGUACACAUUUGGAGGAAACGCAAACGGAGCGGAGUGUGUCUUCCCCUUUGUCUUUUUGGGGGAGCAAUAUGACAGCUGUACCACAGAGGGUCGCAAUGACGGCUACCGCUGGUGUGCCACCACAAACAACUUUGAUACUGACAAGAAAUAUGGAUUCUGUCCCAGUCGUGACACCGCUGUAAUUGGUGGAAAUUCUGAGGGAGAGCCCUGCCACUUCCCCUUUGAGUUCCUGGGUAAAAAGUAUGACUCCUGCACAAGUGAGGGACGAGGAGAUGGCAAGUUGUGGUGCAGUACCACUGACAGCUAUGAUGACGACAAGAAAUGGGGCUUCUGUCCCGACCAGGGUUACAGUCUCUUCCUGGUAGCAGCCCAUGAGUUUGGACAUGCCCUUGGCCUGGAUCACUCCAACAUAAGAGACGCUCUCAUGUACCCCAUGUACAGCUAUAUGAAAGACUUCUCCCUGCAUGAAGACGACAUUGAGGGCAUUCAAUAUCUCUAUGGACGCAAAACAGGGCCUGAUCCCACCCCCCCUCAGCCCAACACCCCAACCACUACCCCUUAUCCAGACCCUGAUGAGACUGACGCUACAGAUGAACCAACCACUACCACCACACGACCUGUCGAUCCGACCAAAGAUGCCUGCAAGUUGACCAAAUUUGACACCAUCACUGUGAUUGAGGGAGAGCUACAUUUCUUCAAGGAUGGAUAUUUCUGGAAGAUGUCUAAAGGAGGCGAUGAAAAGGUCAAGGGACCCUUUCCUGUUUCUGAGAGGUGGCCCGCUCUCCCUGCAGUCAUUGACUCUGCCUUCGAGAACAUUCUGGCCAGGAAAUUGUACUUCUUCUCAGGAACCCAAUUCUGGGUGUACACAGGGAAGAGUGUUCUGGGGCCCCGAAGCAUUGAGAAACUUGGUCUCCCCGACAGCGUUCAGAAAGUGGAGGGAGCACUGCAGAGGGGGAAAGGCAAAGUGCUGCUCUUCAGUGGCGAGAACUACUGGAGGCUUGAUGAGAAGGCCCAGAAAAUCGACAAAGGGUACCCCAAAUACACAGAUUUGGCCUUUGGUGGUGUCCCAAAUGACGCUCAUGAUGUGUUCCAGUACAAAGAUCACACCUACUUCUGCCGGGACCGCUUCUACUGGCGUAUGAACUCCCGCAGGCAGGUGGAUCGUGUUGGCUAUGUGAAAUAUGACCUUCUCAAGUGCACAGAUGCUCCAGGCCCCAACUACUACUGAGGAGAUGAACUGGAAACUUGUCUUUAAUGUCGUAGCACCUACUUCUCUUUCCUGUUCAGGUGUCAGGGAGAAUGUGAAGCAGUAUUUGUAGUGUCUGUUGUAUAAUGUGUGUGCUUUCUGGGUUGUGAAUAGUUCACCAUCAUUGACUAAUUAUAUUCUAUUGGCUAAUUCUAUAACUUACAGCAUUGGCCUAAAAUAACUCAAAGGCACAAAGGAAAUCAAGCCAAGUUGUGAUGCUUGGCUCUGCCUUGCCCACAAUCUGUGAACUGGCUGGUAAUGGGAGUCUAACAUUUGAGACCCGUAACCGCAACUAAAAUGUUACCAAAAGCUAUCUGCAUUUCAGAUUUGCUACAUGACUUCUUAACGUCUGACAGGUUCAGACAUUUUACAGUAUUGGAUUAUGGAUUAUUUUGGUAUUUAUAGCUAUAUCUAAUAUUAUUUUUGCGUCCUCAAGCUUGUUUGUUUUGUAUAAUUAUGUGUGUAUUUCUGAAAAUGGCUUCAAAGCCAAUUACUUGCACUGGAAG